UUGACGUUUUCACCGCAACGCCAUCCGGUUUUUUUUAAAGGCAGGCUAUCUUGGCAAAACAGUAGGGAACGGCGAAAUUAUCCAUAUUACAAACCGAAAGAGAUCUUAGAUAAUACCGUUAGGACCGCUGCUCAAAAUGGGCACAGUUUUGGUCGAUUUAUUUGAUAAUUUCUGUCUGUCCGUCGCCGUCAGCUCGGCUGGUUAGCAGAACUGGCUAACUGGCUAAUUAAACCCUCUGACAAGUGUUUGCUGCUUGUGUGACUAGCUGACGAAACAGAGCUGUCCAAAGGAGGAAAUAAUUAACUCACACCUACCGUUCACACGCCGGUGUCUUAUCAGGAACCGUCGUGAACAGGAACUUCAACGGACUACUGAUGUGACAGGCGGUUGAAUUGACUGUGGACUGCGUGGAGUGGGUAAAGGCUCUGGUCAGUGCGUUUACAAGCGUACGAGAGAGACUUUGUAUGUUUGAUGUUUGUCACCUUCUUUAGUUUACAAGGAGUCGUGAUUAAGAGAAAUGACCUAGAGUUUCCAAGACAGUGUAUUUAGAUAUUACAACCAUUACAGUAUUAUUUUUUUUAUAGAUUAGAUGACAGGUCUUCCUUGACUUAUGCUUGUCAACGUGUCACCCAUGUUUGUUUUUUGACGGAGAUCCGGGUGAUAGGUUGGAAAAGUAAACAAGGUGUGACAGACCCAUCUGCUCAUAAGUUCAGGGCCAACUUUGCACUAUUACCAAUUUGUGUUUCAUCAGCUACACUUGAAACCUCGUGACUUGAAUGAAUAUACAUUCCCUCAAAUUAUAUAAGAGUGGGUUUUAGUAUUUUGAUUUUGAUAUUGAGACGAACAAAUGGAGUAUAAGUGGGCAACAGAGAGCAGGCUGCUUCCAAAUGUUCUCUGUAAACCUUUAUGAUUAGCUGGGAUCUAGUAGGAAAAUGAUUUUAUAAUGAUUUCAGACGCUUUUUAAUUGGGAUGGUUUAAGUUAAUGCUCCUGGUUCCUGGGUCCUGUGGAAACGACAAGGUAGAAAGACUCACACCCAGUCUCUAGUUAUAUGUAUAUUGCUGCGAUUUCUACCCUCCUACCACUAUGUCAUCGCCUGUACUGUUGUUAUCAAUGCUUUUUGGAGCAUUGUGGGUCCCUGGAGAGGCCAUGUCUCGAGAAGAGAAGAAUAGGCUGAGGAACCAAGUCGUUGAGAUGUUUGACCAUGCAUAUCAGAAUUACAUGGACCAUGCAUACCCUGCAGAUGAGCUGAUGCCUCUAACAUGCAGAGGACGAGUACGUGGGCUUGAACCCAGUCGAGGUGACGUUGACGAUGCUCUGGGCAAGUUCUCCCUGACUCUUAUAGACACUUUGGAUACUCUAGUGCUUUUGAACAAAACAACCGAGUUUGAGGCCGCAGUGAGGAGAGUCCUGUCAGAUGUGAGGCUGGACAAUGACAUUGUGGUUUCAGUGUUUGAAACUAACAUUCGUGUUCUUGGAGGUCUGCUGGGUGGACACUCCAUGGCCAUGAUGCUGAAGGAUGGGGGUCAGCACAUGCAGUGGUAUCAGGAUGAGCUCCUGCAUAUGGCCAAAGACCUGGGUCUCAGACUUCUUCCAGCCUUCAACACCAGCAGUGGCCUGCCUUACCCCAGGGUGAACUUGAAAUAUGGUGUCCGAGGUCCUGAGACAAGAACAGGCACAGAAACCGACACAUGUACUGCAUGUGCAGGAACAAUUAUCCUGGAGUUUGCUGCAUUAAGCCGUUUCACUGGAGAUCCUGUCUUUGAGGCUCAUGCCCGGAGAGCACUGGACUUCCUCUGGGAGAAGAGACAGAGGAACAGUAAUCUGGUUGGAACCACGAUCAACAUCCACUCUGGAGAAUGGGUCAGAAGAGACAGUGGAGUAGGAGCCGGGAUUGACUCAUACUAUGAAUACCUGCUUAAGGCUUACAUCCUCCUGGGAGAUGACCAGUUUCUUCAGCGGUUCAAUAUUCACUAUGCAUCCAUAAUGAAGUACAUCAGUCAGCCUCCUCUGCUGCUGGAUGUCCACAUCCACAAACCACUCCUUCCUGCACGGACCUGGAUGGACUCUCUGCUUGCCUUCUUCCCUGGACUUCAGGUGUUGAAAGGAGAUAUCCGCCCUGCCAUCGAGACUCAUGAGAUGUUGUACCAAGUUACCAAGAAACACAACUUUCUUCCAGAGGCCUUCACUACUGAUUUCAGGGUACACUGGGCGCAGCAUCCCCUGAGGCCUGAGUUUGCAGAGAGCACCUAUUUCCUUUACAAGGCCACAGGAGACCCUUAUUACCUGGAGGCAGGUCGUACAAUUCUGGACAACCUCAAUCGCUUUGCUCGUGUUCCCUGUGGCUUCGCUGCCAUGAAGGACGUACGUACCGGGAGCCACGAGGACCGAAUGGACUCGUUCUUCCUUGCUGAGAUGUUUAAAUAUCUUUUCCUGCUGUUUGCUGAAACUGAGGACUUACCUUUUGAUGUGGAGGGAUACAUCUUCACAACAGAGGCGCACCUUCUGCCUCUGUCCCUUUCCACAGCUCCUCGCUCUUCAUCUAUACCCUCAAAUAGAACGUCAGAGGAAGAGUUGGACGACUCUAACUUUGAUUGGACGUGCCCUAACACACGCCUCCUGUUUCCUGACCCCGCCUUUCCACGAAACCUGAGAGAACCGAUCCGUAGUGCCGUGGACAAAAGCUGUCCUCGUCCUGCUCCUUACCGGGAGCCUGGUAUGGGUCGUCCUCCCCUGAGGGCUCAGGACUUUAUGGCAAACAACCCUGAACAUCUGGAGCUGCUGAGAAGAAUGGGAGUGAGUCUCAUCCACCUGAAGGACGGCCGGGUGCAGCUGGUCCAGCACGCUACACAGGCUGUCAGUGCUGUCGCUGCAGAGGAUGGCGUGCGUUUCAUGCAGGAGAUGAUGGAGUUGUCCAGCCAACAGCAGAAAGAACAGCUGCCUCCCAGAGCCAUUCAGAUCGUCUCACAUCCAUUCUUUGGCAGGGUGGUGUUGACCGCAGGCCCAGCGCAGUUUGGCACAGACCUGUCCAAAAGUUUCACAGGGGUCAGAGGCUUUGUGACUGUGGCUGAACCCUACAGUGGCUGUUCUGAGAUCACCAAUGCAGACUAUGUCCAGGGCCACAUCGCCCUGCUGCAGAGGGGACAGUGUAUGUUUGCAGAGAAGGCCCGACAUAUCCAGAAGGCUGGCGCCAUUGGAGGCAUUGUCAUCGACGACAAUGAGGGCAGCAGCAGCGACACAGCUCCGCUGUUUCAGAUGGCUGGGGAUGGCCGCAACACAGAUGACAUCACCCUGCCUCUCCUCUUCCUCUUCCACAAGGAGGGCAACAUCCUUCUGGAGGCGCUCAAAGAGUACAGGGAAGUGGAGGUGUUACUCAGCGACAAAGCCAGAGACAGAGCUUCCAUAUUCAAAGGUAAACCUCUGCCUGGCAGCCUCAUUGAGGACAGUACAGAUGCACCAGAAACAGGGGGGGACUGCCAAAUGGAGGCAACAACUCCCACCUCAGUUGAAUCCACGGGCCAAUCACAAAUGAGCACUGCAGAGCUGGACGAAUCCGCCCCCGAGGAGGUUACUCCAUCACAACAGGAAGUUAGUACUGUAGAUGAGGACACUAGCCCCGCGGGGGAAGUUAGUCCACCGGAAGAGGAGUCUAGUCCUACAGAUGCAGAGGCUGAUUCGACUCAGCCUGAGGAGGUGAGAGACUCUGAGAAGAGGGAAGAGCCUGAGGGCGACACAGACUCAGAGAGCAGCCAGUCAGUGGACGAACUGCUGGCUGAUUGGCGGGAAGACUUGGAGGCAUUCCAGCAGAUGGAGAAGGAUGAGCUCUGACAGUCGUCGGACACGUCGUGCCCUGUGACUGUAGUUUGAUCCACUGUGGGGAGAAACCUGGAGGGGGCGAAUGACUUCACACGUCAAACGGCCUCAAUCAACCGCUGAUGAAGUGAAACGAGGCUGGAGAAAACUAUUUGUUUUUACAUCAGCAUGGUUACAAAUCAACUGUGUUAAAGACUGCUUCCUCUCCUGCCCUCUAUGAAUGGCAACAAGUGCCAAGGCAGCCCACAUCCUGUAUCUGUGGACCAUAAGGGAGUCUGUUUUAGCCUGGUAGGAGAAAUGAGAGACCAGGGUUCUUACCUCAUGUUCUCAAACAGCCUCUGUUGUAACAGUCCAUGAUGAAUGACAUGGACCAGACUAUAUGGAACAGUGUCUCAGCAUCCAACCCAGAUCACUUCUCACAAUGUUCUUCUCUCUAUGCAUUUUGACUCCUUGUGCUGAAAUGCUUUUUCUCAGUUGCUAGCCCAACAACUCUGUUUUAACUAAUUACUCCAUUGACCAAUUAAUUUUAUUUAAAUGUGAUGAUUAUGAUGCGGCAUUUUCUGUUUUCAUGGUUUCGGGCCUAAUCAUAAGUAUACAUUGAUAUUAACUGUGACUAAAUUCAUUUGGGGGGGGGGGGGUCGGUGACAUCAGAUAAACAGCAGCUUUAGAGCAGAAUAACUCAACACCAAAACUCAUCUUUCCCGAGGGUGUAUGAAGUCACCGUCAGUGUAAAUAAUGUAUGUAUUUGUUGCGAUGUAUUGAAUGAAACAGUUAUAUCGUGCUGCAUUGCUCAGGUUCUGGUUGGUCUCAUAGAUCAGAUCACCCCACAACCAACAACCUCUGGACCACAUCAGGUGGAGCAGACACACCCACGGCAGCACAGCGGGAUGGAUGAGACGCCCCGGGGCCGCCACAGGGGGGCGCUAUAUGAUCUGUCUGUCAUGCUGACGUUGUUGACCAUUGGAAGGAACAGACAUAAGCCAAUAAGUUAACUCAAUGAAAUAAAAAUUGAGAGGGGAAUCGGGAA